UUGAAACCCCGUCCCGGAGAAGCCGAGAGUGGCGGAUACUGAGCGCUGCGUCCCCUUUUCCCGAAGCGCUUCCCGUCUUUUUCCUUCCUUCCUCCCCCAGUCCCCUCCCUCCCACACAGACAGGGACUUCCACACGUGACUAUCCGAGCAGCCGCGCCACCGGGGGAGGGAGGGCAGCGAGAGUCUGAAGGGCGGAAACUCCCUCCCGUCCGCGGGAGGCUCAGGAAAGGCCUGGUCCUAGAGGGCAGCCAUGGCAGGAGUGGGCGGAGGGAAUGAUUUCCAGUGGUGUUUCUCUCAAGUGAAAGGUGCCAUUGACGAGGAUGUGGCGGAAGCUGAUAUUAUUUCAACCGUCGAAUUCAAUUGUUCUGGAGAUUUGCUAGCUACAGGCGACAAAGGCGGGAGAGUCGUUAUAUUCCAAAGGGAACAAGAGAAUAAGGGUCGUCCUCAUUCGAGGGGUGAAUAUAAUGUUUACAGCACUUUUCAAAGCCAUGAACCCGAAUUUGACUACUUAAAAAGUCUAGAAAUCGAAGAAAAAAUUAACAAAAUUAGGUGGUUGCCACAGCAGAAUGCUGCUAAUUUUUUACUCUCUACCAACGACAAAACUAUAAAACUGUGGAAAAUAAGCGAGCGAGACAAACGAGUUGAAGGCUACAACUUAAAGGACGACGAUGGCAGAAUGCGAGAUCCAUUUAGAAUCACUUCUUUACGGGUGCCGAUAUUGAAACCCAUGGACCUAAUGGUUGAAGCAAGUCCACGAAGGAUAUUUGCAAAUGCGCACACAUAUCAUAUAAACUCAAUUUCCGUAAAUAGCGAUCAUGAAACUUACCUUUCAGCAGACGAUCUGAGAGUUAAUUUAUGGCAUUUAGAAAUUACAGAUAGAAGUUUUAACAUUGUAGAUAUUAAGCCUGCUAACAUGGAGGAGCUGACAGAAGUCAUAACGGCUGCGGAAUUCCAUCCUCAUCAUUGUAAUGUGUUUGUCUACAGCAGUAGCAAAGGAACAAUUAGACUCUGUGACAUGCGAGAUGCUGCACUUUGUGAUAGACAUUCAAAAUUUUUUGAAGAACCCGAAGACCCCAGCAGCAGGUCGUUUUUCUCUGAAAUAAUCUCCUCAAUAUCCGACGUCAAGUUCAGCCAUAGCGGCCGAUACAUGAUGACUAGAGAUUACUUAUCUGUAAAGGUGUGGGACCUCAAUAUGGAAAGCCGGCCAGUGGAAACCUAUCAGGUUCAUGAAUACCUGCGAAGCAAGCUGUGCUCACUGUAUGAAAACGACUGCAUUUUUGACAAGUUUGAAUGCUGUUGGAAUGGAUCAGACAGUGCAAUCAUGACCGGUUCCUACAACAACUUCUUCCGGAUGUUCGACCGCAACACACGUCGGGACAUCACACUGGAAGCUUCUAGGGAAAGCAGCAAACCCCGUGCCAUCCUAAAGCCGCGCAAAGUCUGUACAGGCGGCAAAAGGAAGAAAGAUGAAAUCAACGUUGACAGCUUAGACUUCAACAAAAAGAUCCUCCAUACAGCGUGGCACCCUACAGACAACAUCAUCACUGUCGCCGCCACCAAUAACUUGUAUAUAUUCCAGGACAAAGUUAACUAAAAAAAAAAAUUGGCAUUAUUACUUUGUUUUUUGUUUUGUUUUUGAGGACAGAGUCUUGUUCUUGCAUAGUUAAGCCUAGUUGUUUAUCUGUAAGAGAUCAGGCCUCGUUGUCCUCCUCCCAGAAACAACAUGGAUGCACUUCCCUUAAUAGAAACACACAAAGAGGAUUUCAUGGUUUGUCCUCCAGGAAACGGGGGGGGGGGGGAGUUAAGGCUCCCCAAAAACGCACACCCGCCAGAAGCAGAAGUGACGGACAUCUCCUUAAAAAGCCGCCAUUUAAAUCUGAGCCUUCCUUUCCACAUCAUUGACCAAAAAAAAAAACAGAAAAAUGUGAUUGUGAUUUUUUUUUUUUUAUUGAAUUUGACACAUUUUUCUUUCUGCUGUUCUAUUUGGGCCUUUGAGAACAUACACUGUGUUAUGCCUGUAACAUUCCUCCUCUGGCCUUUAUUUGGCAAAAUGUUUAUUUCUAUAAUCCAAGCACUUAGCUAGAACUCAAGUCGGUUUCCCCCCCCCCCCCCCCCCCCAUGUAUCUGUACUGGCUGUACUCAUGACAGUGCCACCUGUGGUGGAACCGCUAAAUAAAACAUUUAAAAAACAAA